AUGGCUCCACCAAGGAGGAACACAAGGAACGGUCAAUCGAAUGCUGGGGGAACCACUGAUCUUCAGGCUAUUAUUAGACAUGGCAAAACGGUGCAACAUCAAGUAGGAGCCACCAAUCCAACUAGUGCUCUGGAGAAGUUUAGAAAGCUUGACCUUCCUCCUUUCAAGGGUACAAAGGAUCCAAUAGAGGCUAACAACUGGCUUAAGGAGCUGGAAAGGCUCUUUAGGGCAAUGGAGGUUAGAGAUAAGCAACGAGUUAUCUUUGCUGUUUUCGUAUUCAAAGGUGAUGCAUUGGAAUGGUGGGAGUCCACGGUGAGGACACAUGGGAGAGAAGUUAUAACUUGGCAGCAUUUUGUUGGGCUCUUUCGUAAGAGGUAUUUUCCCGAUAGUCUGAUGGUCCAAAAGGAAGUUGAGUUCAUUCACAUAGCACAAGGUACUUAA